UCUUAACUUGUUUUACUUUAAUAUCUUCUUUCUUCUUCCUUUCUCAAAGUUAUUCAAUGUGUUGAUCUUAUUGAAUAUGCUUCUAUUAUCAACUCCCAUUCUUGCUUUCCUACCCCGCUUCGCUCUCACCCUUUCAACCCACUAUGUAGAAGACCAAGAACCACUCUCACAUCCGCGUCUAGAAGAGCUCGAGAGAAAAUGGGGAACAGAUUGGGGAUUCUCGGGCAUAUCGACAUUUGCCCAUCUCCCUCACACCCGAUGCUUAAGUCAUCCUGAAACCGAUUAUGAUAUAGGCAUCAUUGGGGCUCCUUUUGAUACGGCAGUCAGCUAUAGGCCAGGAGCUCGAUUCGGCCCCCGCGCCAUCCGAGCAGGCUCCUCCAGACAGACCUCCUUCCGCGGCUUCAACCCACGCGCCAACCUCAAUCCCUACACCUCCUGGGCCAAAAUCGUUGACUGCGGCGACAUCCCCAUCACGCCUUUCGACAACGCUCUCGCCCUCCGCCAAAUGAGCGAAGCAUUCGUCGAACUAGGCACCAGAACCCCAACCCCAGAGUCCCGUUCCUCGCCAACGGCCUACCUGCACAAACCCAAGUUGUUGACAUUAGGUGGAGACCAUAGCAUUGCCCUCCCCGCUCUCCGCGCCCUGAAACAGAUAUACGGACAGCCAAUAGCUGUGGUGCAUUUCGACGCUCACUUGGAUACCUGGCAUCCUGCAAAAUACCCGUCAGCAUGGAUCGAUCCGACAGACUUAUCCACGCAGUCCUUCUUCAACCAUGGAAGCAUGUUCUGGAUUGCGGCGACUGAAGGACUCAUCGCAAACGGCUCGUCCGUACAUGCAGGCCUCCGCACGCGACUUUCAGGUGAUGAUCUAGAAGACUUUGAGGACGAUACGGCUCAAAACUGGAUCCGGAUAUCCACCGAUGAUAUUGAUGAAAUUGGGGUCAAAGGCGUUAUAAAAUCCAUUAUGGAGCGCGUGGGGACAUCCGUUCCUGUGUACCUCUCUAUUGACAUUGAUGUCAUUGAUCCUGGGCUUGCACCCGGAACAGGGACGCCUGAGCCCGGAGGUUGGACGACAAGAGAGUUGAUUAGGAUUUUGAGGGGUAUUGAGGGGAUGAAUGUGGUAGGCGCUGAUAUUGUCGAGGUCAGUCCUGCUUAUGAUGGCGGGACUGAGGCAACAAGUUUGGCAGCGGCGCAGGUUGCGUAUGAAAUUUUGACGAGCAUUGUGAGGAAAGGAUUAAUUGAGCAGGCGAAGACUCCAAGUGAGGAGAAGGGGAAUGAAAGGGUGAAGGAUGAAUUGUGAAUGAGAACCCCUACGACGAGCUGCG